UUCUGCUUUGCUCUCGCUUAACGUCGGCGUCAAACGUCGUCACUGUGUGCUCAGUUCGAUGUAAACAACUUCAGUGUUGUUUAAAAAACGUACGGCCAAUCAGCACGCCGGCCGCGGCAAUUUUGUGUACGUUUAAUCGUUUGUGUCGUUUAUUUUUCUCAAUUAUUUGGCAAAUAGUUUGGUUCAAAAAUAAAUUCUGUAUAAAUUAUUUUUAUUAAUUCUUCGUUUGAACAUAAAAUAAUAUGUCCGACGAUGAAGAUAUACAAUACAUUAAACGGCAACGAACACUGUAUUAUGGCUCCCUCGAGGAAGUUGAGCGAAAGCGUUUGGCAUCAUCUACUGGCGCCGCUGCAGCAGCGAGUGGAGCGGGAAUAGCGGCGGGUGCUGCUGCUCAAUUGGAAGACAUCGAUUCCGAUGAAGAUUAUGUUGAUGAUCAAAGAAAAAGCAACCAGGGAGCUGCAGUCCAAUCAGCGCCACCACCAACAGCUGCCGCCCUAGCCAAUAAGAUUACGGAUGAUUAUUUCGAUUUGGAGACGGAAAUUUCUAAAGACAAAGUUGCGUUGCUGGAGGAGUUUGAGCGCAAGAAACGUGCUCGCCAAAUAAAUGUGUCAACGGAUGAUGCAGAAAUUAAACGGAACUUGCGACAAUUAAAUGAACCGAUAUGUUAUUUUGGAGAAGGUCCAGCGGAACGUAGACGCCGCCUAAGGGAGUUAUUGGCUAGUUUGGGUGAAAAUGCCAUUAAACAAAAGCAGAAUGAAGAAGAAGAACGAAAGCAGUUACAAAAGGAACAAGAAACCACAUGGUAUCAUGAGGGACCGGAAACGUUAAGGGUUGCUAGGCUUUGGAUUGCCCACUAUUCAUUGCCGCGGGCCAAGGAACGUUUGGAAAAGGCACGCGAGGCGCUUCAGGUGCCAAGUGCCACAAGGGCGGGUCGGAUGGUUGAGUUACAAAAACGUUUACAGUCUUUGGGGCCACAUUGCAGUCAAGUGGGUGAUACCAGACCACUGAGUGGUAGUGCCUUUAAUGAUGAUUCCACGCUGUUGGUUACAUCAUCAUGGUCAGGUUUGUGUAAGGUAUGGUCGGUGCCUGACUGUAAGCUGGAGCAGACACUAAGAGGUCAUACCAGUUAUGUGGGUGGAGUGGCAUUUCGCCCGGGUGUCAAACGAGAUGAAGAAAAUGUUGUGGCCAUGGCUUCGGGAGGUCAUGAUGGUUCCGUUAAACUUUGGGGAUUCAAUUCGGAGGAAUCCAUAGCCGAUAUAACAGGUCACAUGCCACAUAGGGUGUCCAAAUUGGGUUUUCAUCCAUCCGGAAGAUUUCUGGCCACAGCGUGUUAUGACUCCUCGUGGCGCCUGUGGGAUCUUGAACAAAAAACCGAGGUCUUACAUCAAGAAGGUCAUGCCAAGGCGGUGCAUUGCCUUAGUUUCCAACAUGAGGGCAGUGUAAUUGUUACCGGUGGCCUGGACGCCUUUGGAAGAGUGUGGGAUUUGCGAACAGGUCGCUGUAUUAUGUUCUUGGAGGGCCACUUGGGUUCCAUUUUUGGUGUGGAUUUCUCACCAAAUGGUUUUCACAUUGCCACCGGCUCCCAAGAUAACACAUGUAAAAUUUGGGAUCUAAGACGACGUCAACCCGUCUACACCAUUCCUGCCCAUGUCAAUCUUAUUUCUGAUGUCAAAUAUCAACGAGAUGGUGGUAGCUUUCUGGCCACAUGCUCCUACGAUUGCACCACCAAAAUAUGGUCGAACAAAACAUGGCAACCGCUGAAAACAUUGCAGGGUCACGAUGGCAAAGUUGUGUCCUUGGAUAUAUCAUCGAAUUCGAAUUUCAUUGUUACAACUUCCUUUGAUAGAACUUUUAAGUUAUGGUCACCGGAUUGCUAGUACAUGUCGAUUCAUUUUCUUAUAACGUUGAGUCUGAAAUUGUGACUGGUAGACUUUAUUCUUACUUCCGAAACAUUUGAGAAAAUCCCUAGAAAUGGGCGCACUGAGUUGCCCCAUGGAUUUCGAAUUUGUUUUGAAUAGCAGUUUUUCUUCAACCGAAAGAUAAAUGAAUCUGUUUCUUUGUUAAUGUUUAACUAAAUAAAUAUAUUUAUCUUAUUAGUUUGUUAUACCGAUUUUAGUUUGGUACAUCCCCAUUGAAAACAAAUCAAUACAAAGGAAUAGAAAAUAACAAAUUGUGUACAAGCCCAUCUUUUUUUAAAUUUAAAUUUACAUAACAUGCAUUGUUUCGUGUUACACAAAACAAAAGUGAUAAAUAAAUAAGAAAAAAUAGAAAAACGAAAAAACAAAAUUCUCCAUAAACCAGUGUAAUUUAAUUUCAUGUUAUUGUAAUAUAGAAUUACUGCCAUUGUUGUAUUAAUUUUGUUUUAUUUUUAUUUUCUAACACACACACCAAACCGAUUUAAAUAAAACAAAAAUAUUAAUAAAGUGCAUUCAAAACAUGUCAACAAUAAUAAAAAUAAAAAAAAAUAA